GAAAAAUUUGAAAUCUUCAACCUGGAUAUGAAGACUGGGGACACCCUGAAAGUCAAGGGCAAGGUAUCUGAUGAUGCUGACGGCUUCAGCAUCAAUCUUGGCUGCAGCUCCUCGGAUCUGGCAUUUCACUUCAAUCCCCGCUUCAAUGAGUCUGUCAUCGUCUGCAACUCCAAAUGCUCCAAUGCCUGGCAGGCAGAGCAUCGUGAUAACCACCUCUGUUUCUCCAAGGGCUCCACUAUAAAGAUCAUCAUUGAAAUGCUGGCAGACAAAUUCCAAGCGAAACUACCCGAUGGGCAUGAAGUGGAGUUCCCCAACCGACACUCCUAUGACAAGAUCAAGUACAUGAGUGUCAAGGGAGGCUUCAGGGUCACCUCCUUCAAGCUGGACUGA